CGCCACCAUCCAGCUGCCGGCCAACUUCCAGCUGCCCCCAGGAACUGUUCUUAUCAGAAGCAGCAAUGGUCAACUGAUGCUAGUAUCUCAGCAAGCAAUAGCACGAGCACAGCCUCAACCACAAAAUAACACAAGCGUACGACUGUCUGUACCUACCAGCACACCUGCAGUCAGAAUAUGUGCUGUACAGAACUCUGGCACCCAGUUAAUAAAGAAAGCAGUACCUACUCCUUUGAAAACAUUAUCUCAAACAACAAAUGCUGUGACUUCUACUGUUCAGUCACCUGCUGUUAUACAGCCAGCAGCUGCAACAGAUAGUGUUACUGCAGUUACUGCUGUAAAGCCUUUGAGUACUGGAACACCUGUAAAACUUCCAGUUACAGGACCACCUGCACAAUCCAUCUCCCAAAAGGCAGUCUCUGUGAAAGCAGAGGUCACAACAGUAGCACAGACCAGCACUUCUACAGAGAUGCUAGAGAAUGUGAAGAAAUGCAAGAAUUUCCUUGCUACUCUAAUAAAAUUGGCAUCUAGUAGUGGACCUCAAGCCACUGAGAUGGGGCAGAAUGUGAAGAAUCUGGUGCAAAAUCUAUUGGAAGCAAAAAUUGAACCAGAAGAAUUUACAAAGAAACUGUAUGUAGAGCUGAAGUCUUCUCCACAGCCCUAUUUAGUUCCUUUUCUCAAGAAAAGUAUGCUUGCCUUACGGCAGCUAAUGCCAAAUGCUCAGAGUUUUAUCCAGCAGUGUAUGCAGCAGCCUGCUCCGACCCAAGAAGCUGUUUCAAUUUGUACUUCUGCACUAACUCCUUCCACAGCAGUGGUAACUUCACCUGUAGCAACCAAUUCUCUUCCUGUUAUAAAACCAGUGUCUGCCUCCACGACAGUCACAGCUGCUCCUGUUAUAAAACCAGUCCUUUCCAGUGCAUCGGUGACAACCUCUCUGCAGGCUAUGAAGCCUGUUCCUGCCUCUGCAGUGGUGACAGCCUCUCUUCGUCCUGCAUCUUCUGUCCUCACUACAACAAUAUCAACAUCAGGGCUCACUGCUAUCCAAACUGUAAAGCCAAUCUUCACCUCUGCAGUAGCAACAUCAUCUCUCCAGUCUGUAAAGCCCGUGCUCGUCUCUACAGUGGCAUCCUCAGCAGCAACCCCUCUCCAGCCUUUGAAACCUGUCAUGGGCACCCCCAUCAGUAUUAAAAUCUCACAGCCCAACUCCAUCAUUGCGCAGCCAGUGGCCGCUCAGCAAGUGGUCAAAGUGAAACAGUUGGUAGUCCAACAACCGUCAGGAACCAUUGUAAAGCAAGUAUCCACACUUCCACAGUCCUCAGCACUGACUCUUCAGACACCUGUUGAGAAGAGGAUGCCGCUGAAUACACUUGUUCAAACAAACCAAUUUCCUGCUGGCUCUGUUCUGAAGCAAGCUGCCCUGCCAGGAAAUAAAAUUCUGUCGCUUCAAGCAUCUCCUCUUCAGAAAACUAAAAUAAAAGAGAAUGGAACAACAUCCUUCAGAGAUGAAGAUGACGUAAAUGAUGUGACUUCCAUGGCUGGAGUCAACAUUAACGAAGAGAGCGCAUGCAUUCUGGCAACAAAUUCAGAGCUCAUUGGUACUGUGAUCCGCUCUUGUGCAGAUGAACCUUUUCUGUUUUCUGAAGCACUUCAGAAGAAGAUUUUGAACAUCGGUAAAAGGCAUGACAUUAUGGAACUUAACUCUGAUGUUGUGAACUUGAUCUCCCAUGCUACACAGGAGAGAUUACGAGGGCUACUAGAAAAACUAACUGUAAUUGCUCAGCACAGAGUAUCAACCCAUAAGGGGAGCGAUACAUACAUUGUAUCUAGUGACACCAGAGCACAGCUAAAAUUUCUUGAAAAGCUUGAUCACCUAGAAAAGCGAAGAAAGGAUGAAGAGGAACGUGAAAUGUUGCUACGAGCAGCCAAAAGCCGUUCCAAUAAAGAAGAUCCAGAGCAUCUGCGUUUAAAGCAGAAAGUGAAAGAGAUGCAACAGUUGGAAUUAGCACAAAUGCAACAAAGAGAAGCUAACCUCACAGCUUUGGCAGCCAUUGGACCAAGGAAGAAGAGACCACUGGAUUCAUCAAAUGCUGGAUCUGGGAUGGAGGGUUUGAACAGCAAUGGAAUUGCUCCUGGGUCAUCAAAUUUUAGCCUUACAAAACAGCUUCUUCGUCCAAGAAUAACUCGUGUCUGUCUCAGGGACUUGAUAUUCUGCAUGGAACAAGAGAGGGAGAUGAAGCAUUCUCUAACCUUGUACCGUGCUCUUCUGAAGUGAUUUGAAUUUCACAUUUCAACUUGCUGUCUACUGCCAAAGAAAACACUGAAGCAUUGUUGCACUGUCUUGAAAUUCCAAUUUCUGGAAAACGAUCCGUUGUAAGGAUAACUCUUGUUUACAGAUAAACAUUUUUAUUAAAUACCUAACUUAGCACCGGUAGGGUUUUUAAUAAUGUUUGGCUUAAACCAGUCUGUAAACCAGUGAAAACACUGAGCUGUACACACAAGCCCCUGACUACCUUGCAUUUAUGUGUCUUGCAGGCUCUGAGGGCUCAAUAUGUGUACCUAGUUUAUGUAUGUUUCAUGCUUCAGUACUCCAGGAUCUGCAACAUCUGUUUGUAGUGCCUUCUUCUAACCCAACCUUAUCUAGGGGACAAGUAACUCUUUAAAGGCACUGCACAGCAUGACAAUUGUAUUUAUUCAUGAACCAGCAGUCAAUCAACAUGCUAAUGUAUUGCCUGUUUGUCUCAACAAAUCUCCUUAAAUCAAAUGUCCUUAAAUUUUCUGGGUUUAGAAUUACUACUGAAUGUUACUUUGUGGAGCAAAGUAGCAAACAGAAGGAAUGAGGGACACUUCCUCUUCCCCACAUCACUUCAACUGUCCCCUUCCCCUUUCUGCUGAGAAAAGUGAUUGAGGGAGGAUGAACGAAUCGGUCAUUCUUGUGGUUAAAGUACACCAAGCAGUUGUAGGUAGGGCACACUUAGAUGUUUGGGAAAAUCUGGAGUUACUAAACUUGAAUACGGGGAGUAAAAAAGCCUGGAAAAGAAGGGUAAAAAGAAGAAACUGAUCUCUUACGUUUUUCUUUGUGUAGGUAACAAAAAAAAAA